AUGGGCAACUGCCUCUCUGCCGACGAUCCUGUCUCUCUCAGAGACCUCGUCACUCGCCCUGAUGGACCUCCCGAGGUCCAAAUGUCAGCGGACCAAAUCCGGGCGGGCCUCAACAACGUAGCUUCCGCUCUGAACGCCAAAAAGCGCAAUAUCACCAUCAUCGCCGUCGGGGGAGCUGUCAAUACACUUCUUCUCCGCACCCGUGCGUCGACUGGGGACGUGGAUUUCUUUUAUCGAACCAAGACGAAGCACGAAGAUGUGUCCCAGGUGAUCGUCGCUGCGAAUACGGCGGCCUCUUCCUUGAAGCUUGGAGACCACUGGUUGAACAACCACACGGCGGUGUUCAUCGAGGAAGGUACCAUCCAACAGCUGUACGACGAAGCGGUGCAGCAGAACGAUGUUGUCUUCCAGGCAGCCGGCUUAACAGUCUAUGCUGCGCCAUGGCGCUAUGCCCUGGGUACGAAGCUGGACCGUCUUUCGAAGACAGGAGCUCGGCCAUACGACAUGAGCGAUGCUGUUGGCUAUUUGGUCCAACUUAUCCAGAAGCGCAAAGGGGCUGCUGUCAAGAAAUCCGAAAUCAAAAAGUGGGCUCAAGAUUUCAAGUUUACGGUUCCAAACGACAAGUUAGUGGAUCAGCUGGCGGCGGAGUACAAGAAGAAGACGGGCAAGGAUGGUGUCAUCAAUGGAUGAAUCGCGAUACAUGGGACACUGUGAAAGGAAUAGUUAGUGUACAAGUAGUGACCAAAGUAUGGACGAAAUAGCAAACCUAUAUGUCGAUU